AUGGUGAUCAAUCGCAAAACAAGCAGCCUGAUUGUCCCUGCUCAGCGGGGCAGAGUCGACUUCAAGAUCAGUGAGAAGUGUUCUGCUCCUUCCGGCCUGCCUGGGCCCGCGGCAGUGGAGCACGGCGCCUCCAAGCUGGCGUCUCGGCGAGGGGAGCCACUCCUGCCGCCGCCCGCGGCACAGGAAAUACCUCAUCUACCCAAGGCGGCGCUAGAGGGCAGAGGAGCAGGCCGCACCGGGGCCAGGCAGGGGCCAGUGUUCAAGGCCAAACCCCGUGACUACAUCGCAAGAAGCCGAGACCAGACUCCGAAACGAAAGCUCGGAUUCCCGGCAUAG